GUCUAUAUUGAAUCCAUGGACGCGAAUAAUCUUACUACGGUAACAGAGUUCAUUCUCGUGGGCUUUACUGACUACCACAUGUUGGAGAUUCCCCUCUUCCUGACGUUUCUCAUUUUCUAUAUCGUCACCCUUCUGGGGAAUGUGGGGAUGAUCGUUCUGAUCCAAGUGGAUGUCCAACUCCACACGCCCAUGUACUUCUUCCUGAGCCACCUCGCCCUGCUGGAUGCCUGCUACGCCUCGGUCAUCACUCCUCAGAUCCUGGCCACACUGGCCACAGGCACGACGGUCAUCUCCUAUGGCCAGUGUGGUACCCAGUUCUUUUUCUUCACCUUCUGUGCAGGCACAGAGUGUUUCCUGCUGGCAGUGAUGGCCUAUGACCGCUAUGUUGCUGUUAGCAACCCACUGCUCUACACUGUAGCCAUGAAUCCUAGAAUUUGCUGGAGUUUGGUGGUGGAAGCCUAUGUCUGUGGGAUGUUAGGGUCCAUUGUGCGUACCACAUGCACCUUCACCCUCUCCUUCUGUGACCACAAUCAGAUCAACUUCUUCUUCUGUGACCUCCCGCCCCUGCUGAAGCUUGCCUGCAAUGACACAACAAACACUGAGAUUGUCAUUGUCUUCUUCGGCAACUUUGUGAUCUUGGCCAACGCGUUGGUCAUUCUGAUAUCCUACCUGCUCAUCAUCAAGGCCAUUCUGAAGGUGAAGUCUCCACGUGGCAAGGCCAAGACUUUCUCCACAUGUGCCUCCCACCUCACCGCUGUGGCCCUUUUCUUUGGGACCCUCAUCUUCAUGUAUCUGUGGAGCGGCUCGGGCAAGUCCCUGGAGGAAGACAAGGUCGUGUCUGUCUUCUACACUGUGGUCAUCCCCAUGCUAAACCCUCUGAUCUACAGCCUAAGAAACAAAGAUGUGAAAGCAGCCUUCAGAAAGGUCACUGGUAGACUCCAGGUGUCCCUGAGUGUGUAG